CAGAGGCGGAGCGUGGUGCUGCUCUCGCGGAGAGCCGCCAGCUUCGUCAGCCAGCGCCGCUUCCCCCUUCCUUGUGUCGGGCGUGCUGCUCGAGGCUUCUCCGGCCGUUGCCGCCUCCCUCGAGCGAAGCCCCCUCCAUGGCCGGGCGCGGCGGAGGCUUCUCCCUCACCCCGCCCCCCGCAGGGGUCCCGCCGCCCGCCUCGAUCCCCGUGGUGGCGGCCGCUUCACUCCCUCUCGGGCCGGGCGGGGGACUCCUGCGAGGGCUCAGCCCGGCUGGGGCCACCCCGUACCGCCCCGUGGGGCCCGUCGCGCAGUUCCAGCGCCCUGGGAUGCUACCUGGUGGCCGGAUGCCCAUGGCAGGGAUGCAGAUGGGGUCUGCCUCAGGACCUCCCUAUGGAGCAGCUUCUCCAAUGAGACCUGGAAUGCCACAGUCCAUGAUGGAUCCCUUCCGGAAGCGCCUGCUUGCUCCACAGGCCCAGCCACCUUCAGCACUAACCCAAAGGCGAGGGCUGAAAAGGAGGAAGAUGGCAGACAAAGUCCUACCACAGAGGAUUCGUGAGCUGGUCCCAGAGUCUCAGGCCUAUAUGGAUUUGCUUGCCUUUGAACGCAAGCUGGACCAGACCAUCGCCCGCAAAAGGAUGGAGAUCCAGGAGGCCAUCAAGAAACCUUUGACGCAAAAGCGGAAGCUGCGCAUUUACAUCUCCAAUACCUUUACUCCUGGCAAGGAGGAAUCUGAAGGCGGCGAGCGGAUAGCCUCAUGGGAACUUCGUGUGGAGGGCAAACUUUUAGAUGAUCCAAGUAAGCAGAAGAGAAAGUUCUCCUCCUUUUUCAAGAGUCUGGUCAUCGAGCUGGAUAAAGAGCUGUAUGGUCCAGACAAUCAUCUGGUAGAGUGGCAUCGAAUUGCCUCAACCCAAGAGACAGAUGGCUUCCAGGUCAAGCGCCCGGGUGAUGUCAAUGUGAAAUGUACCCUGCUUCUCAUGCUGGACCACCAGCCCCCCCAAUAUAAGCUGGACCCCCGCCUGGCUCGCCUGCUGGGUGUUCACACCCAGACUCGUGCCAGCAUCAUGCAGGCCCUCUGGCUGUACAUCAAACACAACAAGCUUCAGGACAGUCAUGAGAAGGAGUACAUCAACUGCAACCGCUACUUCCGCCAGAUAUUUGGCUGCAUCCGCAUGCGGUUCUCUGAGAUCCCCAUGAAACUGGCAGGGCUCCUGCAACACCCGGAUCCCAUUGUCAUCAACCAUGUCAUCAGUGUGGAUCCUAAUGAUCAGAAGAAGACUGCCUGCUAUGACAUUGAUGUGGAGGUGGAUGACCCCUUGAAGGCCCAAAUGAGCAACUUCUUGGCCUCUACCACCAACCAGCAGGAAAUUGCCUCCUUGGACGUUAAGAUCCAUGAAACCAUUGAGUCCAUCAACCAGCUGAAGACACAAAGAGAUUUCAUGCUGAGUUUCAGCAACAGCCCGCAGGAUUUCAUCCAGGAAUGGAUCAGAUCUCAACAGAGGGACUUGAAGAUUAUCACAGAUGUGGUUGGGAACCCUGAAGAGGAGAGACGUGUCGAGUUCUAUCAGCAACCCUGGAUGCAGGAGGCUGUUGGGAGACACAUCUUUGCCAAGGUUCAGCAGCGCAGACAAGAACUGGAACAAGUGCUUGGUGUCCGCCUCACUUAGCACUCUCGCCUCCAAUUUACCUGCACCUUGUGGUACUUCAAACUGGACAGAUAUUUGUCUGAAAUCUUCAGUCUUUGUUGGGGCUGGGAGGAGCUCUGCUAGCUGCCUGUUGCUCUUGGGGCAUGCUUUUUUUAAAAAGGGAGUUAAAAGAGUGGGUUACUCACUAAGCUCCUGGAAAUAUGCAAGGUUUAACGCCUCUUUUUACAGAAGGCAGCAAGCUCCCCUCUCACUAGACCCCUGCCCUCCCUCUGUGCUUUGCCUCUGGGACACUAGGAAAUUUUGUUUGAGUUACUUUCUACCUCUUAGCUAAGUCUCAGCAGCCUCCUUUGCAAUGCAGGUGAGCUGUUGCUGCCGCUGCUCAUUUUUAACCAAAGCUUUGUCCAUUCCAAACAGCUGGCCUUGCUAGCGUUUAGUCUUUGCACUAUCUCUCUUGGGGGGAGCUGGUUUUCUUUUAUUAUAAUUUUUUUUGUACAGAGGAAGAUUUGUUAAAUGUGUGGUAUUUUGUCCCCCUCCAAUUUAAGACACUUGGUGUUGUGUGGGAAGGGUUUUGCUCAGGUGUUUGCGCUCCUGUUUUGACAAUCAGUUGCUGUUCCUUGGCUCGCCAAUGUCUGUGAGGGUGUUCUAGAAAGUGGGGGACCAGUUUUUCUUUCUGCAGGCAUCAGUUAGCACUGCAGAAAACAUUCCCUGGGCCAUCAGCCAAGGGGAGAUGAGUGACAUCUGCCUCACCCUUCUUGGUCUUCUCAAGUGCCUUUGCUCCCCAGCCUCCUUGCCCCUCAGCACUUAAUCAGGAAGAUGCCCUUCUGGUCCUAAUCUUGAGAUGUGCAGUUGGCCAACUGGGCACUGGUGGAAUGUUCAGUUACAAGUGAAGAUGUUGUGACCAGUUUCUAUGUUGAAUGUUUUCUAAUAAAAAAACACUUUCAAGCA